AUGUUUACCAACGGGCAAAAUAUAAACUGUGUAGCAGCUGCGUUCUCACCAGCUUGUUUGUUGGCCUCUGUCGCCUCAACAAGACUUGUGCCACCGUCAACAUGCAUAGCCGAAGAGCCAUUUCUUCAAAUUGGUCCCCAAGGGAUCCGAAUUGCAGAAUUAGCAAAUGACUCUUUUGAUCGAAACCAGAAAACUAUUGCAGAGAAACCAUAUAUCUUGCCGCAUCUACCCCUAUGGCUCAAUACCCAUUUGACACUUAUUGCACAAUUAAAAGGACUCCCACCUUCCGCUGACCGCCCUGUUGGUAAAAAAGGGACAGCUAGGAUACGCUGCCUCGCAGCUGCACAGUACCUCGCAGCUGCACAGCGCCUCACAGCUACACAGUGCCUCACAGCUACACAGUGCCUCGCAGCUGCACAGUGCCUCACAGCUACACAGUGCCUCGCAGCUGCACAGUGCCUCGCAGCUGCACAGUGCCCCUUUUCCGUUCUGAUUAGCCUCAAAGAAGGCCUGCGAGCUACCCAUCGGCGGGGUGAGCCCCCAAAGCCGGUGCGCCAUGCUGAGUUGGAUGCACUCAGGCAGGAGGAAGUGCGUUUAUUGGUUUAUUUAAGCGGAGAGAAGUGCCUUCCAAGAACAGCAAAGCGCCCUAAGAAAGCCUUAGCUCAAGAAGGGCAUUCACUCCCCCCAGCAGCAACAUCAACUACGGCUGCAGCAGCAACAGCUGCAGCAGCAGCAGGAGCAGCAGCAACAGCUGCAGCAGCAACAGCUGCAGCAGCAAAUGCUGCUGCAACACCAAACCAACCAACGCGAGCAGCAGGGAGAGCAACAGCUAGCGCAGCGGGAGCUUCUGCAGCUGCAUUCGGAAGAGCAACAAGCGUUGCUGCUGCAGCAGCAACAAGUGCAGCAGCAACAAGUGCAGCAGCAACAGGUGCACUCUGCUGCAAUCUCAAAGCACCUGCUGUUCUUAGAGAGGCAACGUGCCCUUUGUGA